AUGUCGAGCACCCUGCAGCUCCGCACCAACGGAGACCACGACGGUGCCGUCUCGAUCGGCAUAAGCCCAAGCGAAGCUAUGGUUGCUGAAGUCGGCAGCGACAACUCGAAGCAGCUCCAGCGUUGGCUGUGCGCGUCAGGCUUGGCCACGCUGGUCAUGGAUGCAGGCACCGCGUUCUACAGACCGCCGCACGGAGUGGUCUUCGAGCAGCACAGGUUUGCUUACUACGCCACCCUCGCCGGAAUUUUCGCUGCCGGGCUGGCCGAAGUCGGCACCGCCUGCUGGCUGGACAGCUCCGGCCAGCAACAGCGAGGCCGAGCCCGCGGUCGCGCAUUCCGCGUGAGCGUCGUCUGCGCCUCCGCCGUGCCUCUUGUUGCCAUCAUCGCACUCGGUGGCGUCGUCAUGAAGGGCUAG